ACGAUAAACGUAAGGUUUGUUCUACCGUGUAUUGUAAAUGUUUACUUCUAUUUAAUUGAUGAAUUUCCACUAUAUAUUAAUUAUUUCGCUUUGCCGGUAAUCAGUGCGUCUGUUAUUAUCUCAGAGCAAUACAGCGAUUUCGCGAUGUCUGGGAAAAAAUGUAAGCACUGUGGGUCGUCAGAGAUCGAGGUGGACCCCGCACGAGGGGAUGCAGUGUGCACCAACUGCGGUACUGUAUUGGAGGACAACAUAAUCGUAGCAGAAGUUGAGUUCCAAGAGAAUGCACAUGGCGGUGCCUCUGCUAUAGGACAGUUUGUAUCUGCAGAAUCUAAAGGAGGCGCUACAGGAUUUGGAAGAGCAUUCAAUGCAGGUAUAGGGCAGGAAUCCCGUGAGGUGACGCUAAGGAAAGCUAGAGACGGCAUCACAUCGCUCUGUCAGCAACUACGACUGAACCAGCAGUGCAUUGAUAUUGCCUGCAAUUUCUUCAAAAUGGCACUGUCUAGACACCUCACCAUCGGUCGCCCUGCUAAUCACACACAGGCUGCCUGUGUUUACAUGACUUGCAGGACUGAAGGCACAGCCCAUUUGUUGAUAGACAUAAGUGAUGCUCUCCAGAUAUGCUGCUAUCAACUAGGGCGCACCUACUUCAAACUGUCGCGAGCACUUUGCAUCAAUAUCCCACCUACAGACCCGUGCCUAUACAUCAUCAGGUUCGCCUCGCAGCUCCAAUUUGAAGAUAAGCAGCAUGACGUCAGUAUGACUGCCUUAAGACUAGUUCAACGUAUGAAGCGGGACUCCAUACACUCCGGGAGACGACCCUCGGGAAUCUGCGGAGCUGCCCUCCUAAUAGCGGCGCGUCUGCACAAGUUCUCGCGAACGCCAGCUGACGUCAUCAGGAUAGUGAAAGUCCACGAGUCGACGCUGAGGAAGCGGCUGAUGGAGUUUGGGGAGACACCGUCCAGUGCCCUUACCCUUGAGGAGUUCAUGACUGUGGAUUUGGAGGAGGAACAGGAUCCUCCCGCUUUCAGGGCUGCUCGGAAGAGGGAUAAGGAGAGGCUGCAAAAGUUGAUGGAAGAAGAAGACGGGGAGAAAGAGCUGACAGAGUUACAGAAAGAGAUAGAAACACAGCUAGAGCGAGACAUCUCAAGAAGGAAGAAAGCCACUUCCACACCGGGCACACCUUUAAGCUUUUUUGGAGGGGAAAGUGGCAUGUCAGAGGAAGCGGAAGCGUCGAGGUUUGCCGCGCAAGACACGUUAAAUAUUAUCGGGGAAAUAGCGAAGGAUGUACAACCCAAGACUGAAAAACUCAAAUUCGAGAAAGGACUAGGUCCAGAUUUAGCGGUGAUAGGCCUUGGCCAGCCGGACGAAAAGUGCGACAAAUCAAGUAAGCCGCUGGUGAAGGACCUGACGCGAGCCGAGGAUCUGAUCCUCAGCGCUGACGACGAGAAGUAUAUCAGCUCCCUCAUCAUGAGCGAGGAGGAGGCGCGCCACAAGACCAUGCUGUGGAACAAGCUCAAUGCUGGCUAUCUCAAAGACCAGAAAAUAAAAGAAGAAAUGCGGGCGCGGGAACGCGAGGAAGGGAAAGACAAGAAAAAGAAAGUGAGAGGCUCGUACAAGAAGCGGACGGCCAUCAACGCGGCCACCGCGGGCGAGGCCAUUGAGAAGAUGUUAGCUGAGAAGAAGAUCAGCUCUAAGAUCAACUACGACAUCCUGAAGAGUUUAGACCAACCAGGGACGCCGCUGCCAGCCACGCCGAAAGAUGCGCCUGUCGUUACCGAGACAAAGCCACCGACCCCGUCAAGACCAGCAGUGGUGGCGUCCCCGCCAGCCCGCAAGCGCAAGAAGAAGAAUCCUCCUCCGGUCCUCAACUUAGCCAUCCCCGCCCCCGCGACCCCCGCCCCCGCCACACCGGCCACUCCGGCCCCCGCCACGCCCGCGGCUGACGACCCUGGCACUCCGGCGCCGCCUACUCCUGCACUUACGGAUGCCGGCGACGACUACGAAGAUGACGCGGAGGCGGAGGCGGAAGCGGAAGCGGGCGCGGAGCUGUCCCUCGCGGCCAUGCUGCAGAACGGACAAGACGACGAUUAUUACGACUAUGAGGAAUAUUAGCUAUUUACGCUACGUACAGUCAUGAGUAAUAUCAUGUACCCACUUUAAAACCUUGUCACACUAUCGUAUUUGACAUUUAAUGAGACUUACGGUUUAAUUUGUCAAAAAAGUUAAUGUGACAUGGUAUCAAAGUGUAUACAUAUUAGUACUCAUGACCGUACUUACACCCUAUAUGAAAGGAAGGAAAACGAUUUAUUAAUAUCAAAAGUGGCUGCAAGAAGUCUUCUGAUGUCUGGUGGUUCUGACCACCCCAUUAGUGAUCACGGAUUUAACAUAGUAUGAUUAGAGUCAUGGUAUAAGAAAACCAGUUAUGUUCAAAAGUUAACUGGUUUUGUUAUACCAUUGUUAGAGUAAUGUAGCUCUUGUAAAAUGUAUAGUUUUAGUGCGAAAGAAACAUACCUGUCGUGACUUUUGC